AUGCUUUUCAGUGAACACCAGUGUGUUCUGAUCUUUCAGAAAUCCCUGACAUUCCAAGAUGUGGCUGUGGAAUUCACCCAGGAGGAAUGGGGGCUGUUGGAACCAGCUCAGAAGGACCUGUUUAGGGAAGUGAUGCUGGAGAACUAUGAGAACUUUGUCUCCCUUGAUUUUCUUCAUGAAUGUAAUAUAUUUGGACGAAAAUAUAGUUUGGGGACAAUCCUCAUCCCAUGGCAAAGAGUUCCUAUAGGAAAAUAUCUUCAUAACUACAAUACACUUGGAAAGAGCUUCAAACAUUUUUCAGAUCUGAUUGAACAUAAUAGACUUUCUAUAGGGGAAAAUCUUUAUGCUUAUAAUAAAUUCAAGAAGCCCUUCAUUUACCAUUCAAAUGGUAUUCAUUACAAUGAUAUAUUUAAUCAAGAAAAACACCCUAACUGUGAUGACUAUGGUGAAGCCUUCAGCAUCAACUCAUGCCUUUUGGUACAUCAAAGAAUUCAUACUCCAUUGAAACCAUUCGAAUAUAAUGAAUGUGAAAAAGCUUUCAGUCCAAAGGGAAAUCUCUUUUCACAUAAGAGAAUUCACAGUGGAGAAAAGCCCUAUAAAUAUAAUGGCUAUGGGAAAGUCUUCAGCAAUAAUCAAAAGCUAUCUCCACAUCCAAGAAUCCAUACUGAAGAAAAGUAUCACAAUUAUAAUGAAUGUGAUAAAAUUUUCAUGCAAAGCUCAUCCAUUAUGCAGCAUCAAACAAUUUUUACAGAAGGGAAACCCUACACAUGUAACCAAUGUGGGAAAAUCUUUAGCAGUAAUAACUAUCUUAUUCAGCAUCAAAGAAUCCAUACUGAAGAAAAGCCCUAUAAAUGUAAUGAAUGUGGAAAAGCCUUUGUUGAUAAUCAAAACUUAUUACAACAUCAAAGAAUCCAUAGUGGAGAGAAACCCUAUAAAUGUAAUGAAUGUGGGAAAGUCUUCAUCAAUAAUCGAAACCUAUCACGACAUCAAAGAAUCCAUAGUGGAGAGAAGCCCUAUAAAUGUAAUGAAUGUGGGAAAGCCUUCUGUACAACUUCUCGUCUUGAUGUACAUAAGGUAAUUCACCCUGGAGAAAGACUCUUUGAAUGUAAUGAAUGUGGGAAAGGCUUCAGGUUUAGGUCUGCCUUUAUGAAACAUCUGAGAAGUCAUACUGGAGAGAAACCCUAUGAAUGUAAUGAAUGUGGGAAAGCUUUCAGCUGGAAGGGAAACCUUAAUACACAUAAGAGAAUUCAUACUGGAGAAAAACCAUAUUUGUGUAAUGAAUGUGGGAAAGCAUUUAGCAAUAAUGAAAGCCUAACACGACAUCAAAGAAUCCAUACUGGAGAAAGACCCUACAAGUGUAAUGAAUGUGGGAAAAGCUUCAGGCAAAGCUCAUCCCUCAUGCAGCAUCAUAGAAUUCAUACUGGGGAGAAACCUUACAAAUGUAACGAAUGUGGCAAAGCCUUCAAUAAUAGUCAAAAUCUAACAAGACAUCAAAGAAUUCAUACUGGAGAGAGACCCUUUGAAUGUAAUGAAUGUGGGGAAGGCUUCAGAUUUAGCUCAAGUCUUAUGAAACAUAAGAGUAGUCAUAUUGGAGACAAACCUUAUAAUAAUAAUGAAUGUGGGAUAAAUUUCAGCCAGAAGGGAAACUUUAAUACACUUGAGAAUUCAUACAGGUGA